UUACUCUGCAUUAUGUCGGCCAACGCUAUUGUUGUCAACAUUGUGCUUGAUGGGCAGAAUUACCCAGAAUGGGCUUUUUGUGUCCAGACUGCACUAAGAGGUCACGGGUUACUAUUUCAUUUGAUUGAAGAUUCUCCAGUUUUAGCAGCUGAUAGAAGCAAUGCUGCUGCAAUCAAGAGUUGGCAGAUCAACGAUGGCAAGGUAAUGGAUGCAAUGGUCAACAACACUAAACCCACUAUGAUUAUGAGUUUGUCCAAAUUUACCAUGGCUAAGGCUAUCUGGUCACAUCUGAAGGAUCGAUUUGUUCAGGAUAGUGGUGCUCUGUUACAUACCCUUAUGCAGCAGACUCAUGUGAUUGAGCAACAUGAUAUGUCCAUUGAUGAAUAUUAUUCCGCCUUUGAUCGUCUUAUGAGUGCAUUGACCUCCAUGGUGCCCGCUUGUACAGUUGUGCCUUGUCCAGCUCACAAGUUCAUUGAGCAAUUCUUUACCUACAAAUUUGUUAUGGGAGUUCGACCUGAAUUUGAUUCCCUUCGUGCAAGGCCGCUUCACAGUUCGGAUACUCUCACCAUGGCUCAGGCAUUGUCCGAAUUGCUUGCUGAAGAGACUCGUCUGAAGUCCAUGUCCUCUAUUACUGGUGUGAGUUCUCACAGUGUGUUGGCUGCUGCUCAGAGGUCUAGGAACACCUCCUUUCAGCCUUGUGAACACUGCAAAAAGACCACUCAUCGGUCUGAGAACUGCUUUGCUAAAUUUCCAGAGAAGCUGGCUGAUUUUCGUGUCCGUCGUGCUACUCGUGGUCGUAAUACAGGACCAUCUCCUAGAGGCUCAGUUGCAAUUGCUGCUACUUCAUCUGCUGGUGCUUUGUCAUCAUCUUGGGUUCUUGAUUUUGGAGCUUCCUUUCAUGUGACAUCUGAUCAGUCACGGCUGGCGUCUACUACACCUGUCACCGAGGGCACUUCUGUUCAGACUGCUGAUGGAUCGCAAAACAGGGGAUGUGAUUGGGACUGGCCGUCGCCGUAAAUCUUCGCCUCACCUCUACAUCUUGG